AUGGAUCGUAGUUGGAUGAAAGCCGAUAGAUUAGGUCCGGUUUAUGAGAAAGGAGUUCUUGAAUUCCUUGAAUACACUGAUGAACAUCUUAUCGACAAUAAUGAAAUAGUAUAUCAAUGUACAAAAUAUGGUGUGUCGCGAUACAAGCUGAAGGCCAACAAUGGUGAUGACAAUGACAAUGAUAAUGUUAGUAGGAAGCAUCGUCCUGCUAAAGUGUUAUGGUACUUGCCAAUAAUUUCACGAUUUAAUAUGCUUUUUUCUAAUUUGAAAGGCGCAAAGAAUAUUAGAUGGCAUGCAGAUGAAAAAACUCAUGAUGGAAACAUUCGCCAUGUAGCUGAUUCGUUGCAAUGGAAGAAAAUUGAUUCGUUGUUUCUGGAUUUUGGAGUUGAGCCAAGAAACCUUAGGCUUGGGCUUGCCACCGAUGGAAUGAACCCCUUUGGCGUUGAAGUUGAUGAUGCAUAUUUUGGGGAAAAGUUUAAAAUGCGUGCAAUCUUAUUUUGCACAAUCAAAAAAUUUCCCGCUUACGGUAACUUGGCUGGAUAUAGUGUCAAAGGAUAUAAAGCGUGUCCUAUUUGUGAAGAUAAUACUUGUUAUCACCAACUUGAGUUUAGAAAAAAGACUGUUUACCUUGGGCAUCGAAAAUUUCUAAAACCCGGUCAUCCUUAUCGUAGAUUGCGGAAGGCUUUUAAUGAAGAGCAAGAGUUUGAUGAGGCUCCUAAACCUUUAAUCGGGGAUGAAGUUUAUCAACGGCAGGAACACAUUAAUGUUGUCUUCGGGAAGAGACAAAAAGAAAAAUGGGAAUUGGCUCCAAUAGAGAAAGGUAAAAGAACUUAUAUGCCUCUAGCAUGUCACACUCUAUCUAAAAAGAAAAAGAAAAUUUUCUGUGAGUAUUUGCAAGGUAUUAAAUUUUCGCAAGGUUACUCAUCAAAUAUGAAGAAACUUGUAUCAAUGAAAGAUAUCAAGUUAAUUGGUUUAAAAUCUCAUGAUUUUCAUGUAUUGAUGCAACAACCUUUACUAAUGGCUAUCCGUGGGAUCCUACCAAAGAAUGUGAGAGUAACUAUAAUAAGAUUGUGCUUAUUUUUCAAUGCCAUAUGUAAUAAAGUUAUUGAUUUUAAAAAUUUAGAUGAACUAGAAGAUGAGGCUUCCAUAAUCUUGUGUCAAUUGGAUAUUUAUUUUCCUCCAUCAUUUUUUGACAUUAUGGUUCACUUACUUGUUCAUCUAGUCAGAGAAAUCAAGUUUUGUGGUCCAGUUUAUUUAAGGUGGAUGUAUCCAAUAGAGCAAUAUAUGAAUAUCUUUGAAGGAUAUACAAAGAAUCAUCAUUGA